AUGGGUAAUGGCAGUGCGGAAAGCGCUGUUUCCGUCGAGAAACUAAGCGAAAACACUGAAAAAGCUAUAAAAGGUGAAAUAGCGAUUAUUAUUCAUAAUAUCUUUUUUGUAUUCAGAAUUCUGCCGAAGCGAAUAUUGCCGUCCAGACAUCGAUUUGACAACACAAAUCAAUGAGCUUUUUUUCCCACUGAACAGUCUUUGACUCAACUUGACGCAGUUAUUGUAGCGGUGGAAGUAAUAUUUUUGUUUUUUUGAAUACAAGUUUAUUUUUUUACAAUAAUAACUUUCAAAAAAAGAAAAAAAGAAAAAAACCAAACAUCAAGGAAAUGAAUUUUUUUCAUUUGGGGUUAAACUUUUAACUAAUUUCAAUGAAAAAAAUCCCAAUUUCCUUUUCAGCAAGAUGUCAAUAUAUUUUUUUAGAAUGAAAUCAACGGAUUGGAUACUGAACUUGCGCAAUUGGUUGAGUCUAACGCCAAUGUGAACGAAAAAGCCGAGGAAGCGCUUCUAAAUGCUCAAGAAGCUAUGCUUGCUCUCGAAAUGAGUAUUGGCAAUAUCCGUGAAAGAACCAAGUCUUCUGAUGAGGUGCGAAACUUUAGUUUUGGGACUAUGUUUGGUUGGCGUUUUACAGAUUGUCCGUGAAAUGACGCGAGACAUCAAACAAUUAGACAUUGCCAAACGUAAUUUGACGUCAUCUAUCACAACGUUGCAUCAUCUACAUAUUCUACUGACCGGCGUGGAUUCUUUGGGUUGUCCAGGAUUUUCGUCCGAAUUGUAUAAAGUGUUUCUAGGUACUUGGGUUGAAAAGCGGGAUUACUCUAAUAUCGCUCGGCAACUUCCUGCAAUUCUGAAUGUGUUGCAGCUUUUCGAUGGAUACAAGGUAGGAAAUUGAGUUUUGAGUCUAUGAUAACCUCAAUCUGUAAGACGUUUGCGGUUUUUAAACUAAAAUUCAAAAUUUUUUGGUGGGCUUUAGAAACUUUUAAGCAAAGUUCUCACCUUUGUCAUCAAUUAAGAUUAUUCAAACUUUGAGAUACUUUUCAGGAAUCGGAACAAAUUGCAAAUUUAUCGGCACGUUUAGACAGGCUCAAGACCACAUUGACCCUGCAACUGGCCAAUGACUUGAAGAAAUCUUUUCAGGUGAAUUUUCUUUAUUUUUCAUCUCUUUCGAAACAGCAGAACUUCAGACAGGACAGCUCAAUGACAAAGUGACAGAAAUGUGUCGAGUAGCUGCUGCCCUAGAAGGCAACGUGAAGGACAAUUUCUGCAAAUGGUAGGUACCAUAUUCUAAUUGUCUAAUUGAUUUUUCGAACACAGGUUUAUUGAGCAGCAUUUGGCUGAAUACGUGGUACUUUAUGCUGAUAACGAAGAGGGAGCUUGGCUUGACAAAAUUGAUGAAAGGUUAGUUUCAUUUUUUUAGUUUUGAUCACUUUUUUUCCAGUUUUUAUAAAAAGCCUAAAUCCAAAAAAACCUUUAAGAGAAAUUCUUAGAAAAGCAAAAAAAUAUUCAUAUGGUACUCAUAAAUAUGAUUUUUAUCCUAUUGCCGCUUAACUAAAAUUGAGUUCUUAUCAAUUUAUUAUUAUUAUUUUUUUCGCAACAUUGGGAUGGUAUGGUGAUGUUGCAGGGAGGGAAAAAGACCACUAGGUGGAUUAACUAACCCCACCUGUGAAGAAAAAAAGUUUCCACAUUACUAAAAAGUUACGAUAGCAUUUUACUUUUGAUUCUCAGAUACAAAUGGUAUGUGAGAAAACUGACCGAUUUCGAGCGAACGGGACUGUCGCGAGUAUUUCCUUCUGAUUGGGACAUGGGACGUCGACUGACGUCUGAAUUCUGUACCGUCACUCGGUAAAAAGUGGAAAAGUAAUUUUCAAGCAAACCUUUCUAAGAGAUGUGCUGUAUCGCAUGAUGACCCGUCGAAGACAAGAUUUGGAGUGGAAACUGCUCGGAUUUGCCAUCCAACAUACGAAAAUGUUCGAAACGUUGCUCGUAAAGAGGUUUCCGAACCGGGAAGGGGCUGUUUCUUUUGAGAAGGUUGGGUGGAUUAUGUUCAACUAAUAUCUAUUUUAAACAUAUCGCUUAGCAAUAAUCCCUAUUUGACCAAAAAAAAACUUUGCAGUAGAAAGGGUUAUUUUUUACUUAAGUUCUAAUUUUUAAGUGAUUACAUUACUUUUUUUGAUAUUCUAUGUAUUUUUUUAAGGCUUCUAGUACUUGUUAAAAAGAAUCUUUCUUUGUCCCUAAAAUACUGGACAACAACGACUUUUUGAAGCUCAAUUUAUGUAGAAUUGUUAAGUGGUACAGGUCAAGGUACACAUUUUUUAGCAUAAAAAAACGUAUCGGCUAACUGUCGAUGAAUUCAGAGAACAUAGAUAGAAUCAUUCUUUUUGAGAAAAAUAACUAGUUUUCCAAACUUUUUUCUGAUUUUUAUUCUCUUAAUUUUUCCGAAAGAAAUACUCUAAUCAACUUUUUCAGUCAAUAUGGAGCGUUUUCGACUCUUUCCUUGACGUUUUUCUCGGCGCUCAGGAACGUACUCUGAACGACUUUCUGGAGACUUGUGCCAGCAAAAUAAAGUUUUUGCGUUCCAUCAAUCAGUGAAAUAACGAACUAUCUCUCAGAUCUGGCGAAGAGCGCUCAACACGUGAAGCUACAGCACACGCGAUACCUUUCCCAUCGUCGGCGGACAUGUUCCUUCUUCUCAAGAAAGUUAUUACUGAAUCAAGCAAGUUGAGCAGCGAACCUGACGCGCUUCUCCGGUUAGACCAAAACAUUUGCUCGGAGAAGUAACGUUUCCUAUUGCAGGGACGUUGUCGGCGUUCUCCGAGUUUGCCUUCGUGGCUACGCUCAAACUUGUCUGACUGCUUUUUUGCCAACAGUUGGCGGGGCUUCUGCUCAACAGACCUCAACCUUGUUCAGUUUGAUCAGAGAAGAGGCUACUCAUGUUCCGUAAGUGCCAAUACUUUUUAAAGGGCAUCAGGAAAAUUUGCCUAUCACUUCUCUGAAUGUGAUAAUGCUAUGUUUAAGUAAUGAGAAAAGGAGGGCAAAAGUCAUUUCACUCAAAAGUUGGAAGUUGUGGGAGCUGUUCGAAACUCGUUUAUAUAGGAAAAGCUUCAAAAUCACAAACAAAAUAUUUUUAAAUUUGGGAAAAUAAUCCAGAAAAUAAUUGAAAAUCCUUUAUUUAGCUUCCGUAGACCUAAUAUUUUAGUCCAUAAAUCAGACUUCUCCGCCAAACUUUUUUUUCAGUUCAACUGAAAAUAUUAAAAGAAACGUUUUUUUUAUCCAUCUCAAGAAAAGUUUCAGUUUAACUGCCGAUCAACAGUUUUUGACGUGUUGCAUUCUGGCGACGGCAGAUUGGUGCGCCGAAACCUCCUUGCAGCUUCAAGAGAAACUCGCUCAACGCGUUCCGGUACUCAUUUUCGAAGUAAUUUCUCGAAAAAAACAUUUAUCAAUCAGGGCGUUGAUGUUUCGCAAGAAACGGAAGCAUUCUACGGAAUAACGAAUCAAUCUUUGAACGUUCUAGUGCAAGAUGUUGAAGCGAGUUGUGAAGCUGCUUUACAAUCGAUUAGUAAAGUCAAGUAUGUCUUUGCAAAGUUUUUCAUUCUUUAUCGUUAUUCAGCUGGUCGGCUGUGGACGGAGUCGGUGACGAGUCGCCGUUCAUCGGUGCUAUCCGAUCACAUUUGAGAAAUGUAAGUUCGGAACAUAAAAAACUAAAAAUUUAUUUGACCUAAGCAUUUUGAAGAGUUUUAAAAAAUUUAUUUCUUAAUUUCAGGCGAUCCCGAUGUUGCGCGACAUGCUGUCAGACCGACGAAAAUACUUCGCUCACUUUUGUCUCAAGCUGGCGACUCAACUCGCUCACAAGUUCGUGGGGGCUCUGUUCCGCUGUCGCGCGAUCAACACGCACGGCGCCGAGCAACUUCUCCUAGACACUCAUGCGCUCAAGACCUUUCUUCUGAACAUGCCUUCAAUCGACAGUGCCAUCUCUUCGAAGCCGCCCACUGCUUACGUCACCAGCGUCAAUGCUGCUUUGAACAAGGCAGAGAUGAUUCUCAAGGUUGGCAACUUUAUGAAAAUUUAUUUUUUUAGAUUCUUUAGGAAGUUUUUAGCUAAUUUUUCACUAGUCUAAUCAUGUUUUUUUAGAUUCCAGAAAAUUUAAAACCAUUUAUUGCAUUCUUUGAAGAUAGAUCCAAUUUUCAAUACCAUAUCCACAGGUCGUGAUGUCAAGCUUGGAUACAGUGGAGGACUUCGUUGAGCAAUAUACCAAGCUAUUACCAACUUCGGACGUCACGGAGAUGCAAAAAGUUUUGGAAAUGAAAGGCGUCAAACGACAGGACCAUCCGAGCAUUAUUCACACAUUCAGGCAACUUUUCAACUAUCUGAAAAAGAAGGAAAAUGUUUUCAGACAAAAAAUGGGUGAUUCCACAUCCGUGGACACGGCGAUGAAUCCAACUACAAACAGUCUCACCUCGAGAUUUGUCGGUGGUGCCAUGACCAACGUGGGAAGUGCGUCCUCCAUGUCCGAGGCCUUCAGUGCGGUGGUCUCAAUGGCUGCAGACGGUCUCGACUCCUCCUCUGUCUCUUCAAGCAUCGACAAGUUGAAACGACUUGAAAAACUUGUCAAGCGAACUCUCUGA